AUGAACGUCCUUCCCGGAGUCGGCGUGCUCACCAAACUCCUGCCCUACAUCAUUCCAUGGCUCUCAUCAAACCAUGAAGCCUCUCCCUACCGAACGGCAUGCUUGUCGCUGAAGUCUGGUCUUCACCUGGAAAACACGACGAUCACCCGCGUUUCUUAUGUUGUUGAAGGCUCCACUGUCUCAACUCCGGGCCCGUGCACGGCAAACACGGGUGUAGUGGCAUCAGUGUGUCGCGUUGAGUUCACAACACGGACCAGCGAAGCCUCGUCCGUUCGCGCGGAGGCUUGGCUGCCUGAUGAAUGGCAUGGGCGGUUUUUAGGACUGGGGAAUGGCGGUUUGGCUGGAUGUAUUGACUAUACUGGGCUGAACUACGGGUCCAAGUUCCAUUUUGCCUCUGUUGCCUCAAACAAUGGGCACGAUGGAGACAGUGGCGCUGCAUUUUCCGGCAACCCCGAGGCGAUAAAUGACUUUGCCUUCAGAGCCAUCCACAUCGAAGCCGUCGUCGGAAAACAAAUUGUCGAGGAAUACUAUAAGCAACCACAGAGCAAGUCUUAUUACAUGGGUUGCUCAACUGGUGGACGACAAGGCACCCGUGCCGCACUCUCGUUUCCCGAAGAUUUCGACGGCAUCAUCGCCGGUGCUCCCGCAACCAACUUCAACCACUUAAUAUACUGGAGCGGGAUAACGGCGAACAAUCUCGACGCGGCACUCAUCCCUCUUCACACCUGGCGUAACAUCAUAGCCCCAGAAAUUCUUAGACAAUGUGACUGGAAAGAUGGUGUGUUGGAUGGAAUUAUCACAGAGCCAGACAACUGCGACUUCAAACCCGAGUCUCUCUUAUGUCGAGGGACGAUGACGCGGCACUGUUUGACCCACUCUCAAAUAUACGCAUUACACAAACUCUACUCGCCCCUGUUCGUUGACGGCGAGUUGGUCUGCCCUCGAUUUGACCCUGGAGCAGAAAGGGACGCAGGGAGCUUUGCUUUGCUGAGCGGAGAAGUCCCCAGUUACACUGUAGAUUGGUUGCGAUAUGCUGUUCUCAACGAUAGCACAUUUGACAUUCGCACCUUAAAGGAAGAACAUCUUCGUAUCAUGGACAAAAUCAACCCCGGUGCAAUCUCUACCUUCAGUGGCGACCUUGCUGCAUUCCGCGAUCGUGGAGGCAAAUUCAUUACGUACCAUGGACGGAUGGAUCCACUUAUUGUGUCCGGCAACUCGAAACGCUACUACGAUCUAGUCUCCCAAACGAUGGGAGAUAUUGACGACUUUUAUCGUCUCUUUCUUGUUCCAGGCAUGGGCCACUGUGUCGGCGGACCUGGCGCAACCAGGUUCGGUCAGCAUGGCGCGGCCUUGGGUGUGCGCAAUGACCGCGAGCAUAACAUUCUGCUGGCGCUCGUUGACUGGGUCGAGAAUGGUGUCACGCCCGAUACAAUCAUUGGUGUUGGUGAUCGAGGGAAAACACGAAGACAUUGCCGUUACCCCCAUCGAAGUGUCUGGAAUGGUCUUCAAUUCGUCUGCCAAUGA